AAGAACUCAAUGGACCCAGCUUGACCCCGGCUUUCAUAUUAAUUGAGCUCCAGCCUCCGAGAAAAGUAGGAAAAGCAAAGAGGGGAAGAGGAGCUCCCGGCCAUGGCGAAUUCCGACCCCGAUAAGCUCAUGAUCAAAGCCGAAAAGCUAACAAAACUCAGUUUUACUAGAUGGAGUUCAGAUUGGAAGACUGCAACUUCGUUGUAUGAGCAAGCUGCUGUUGGCUACAGGUUCAGGAAAGACAAUGAGAAAGCAAAAGAAGCAUUUGAGAAGGCUUCCAAAGGACAAGAAAUGAUUUCAUCCCCUUGGGAUGCUGCCAAGCAUAUGGAGUCUGCUGCUGCUCUAGCAAAGGAACUUGGCCGCUGGAAUGAAGUUUCUGACCAUUACAGAAGGGCAUCUGAAUUAUAUAUUGAAUGUGGAAGAUCACAGCCUGCUUCAGAUGCUCUUGCAAAGGCUGCUAGGGCUUUGGAAGAUGUGGCACCUGACGAAGCUGUUCGGUUGUAUACUGAUGCUUGUGUAGUCUUAGAAGAGGACGGAAAGGAACAAAUGGCUUUUGAUUUAUAUCGUGCUAUCACAAGUAUUCAUGUUAAACUUGAAAGGUAUACUGAUGCUGCAACAUUUCUCUUAAGAUUGGGUGUAGCUGCUGAUAAGUGCAAUGCCGUCCACAGUCAGUGCAAGGCUUACUUGAGUGCUAUCAUAGUUUACCUAUAUGCACAUGAUUUCCAGCAAGCCCAGAAGUGCUACAAUGAUUGUUCUCAAAUUGAAGCCUUUCUUAAUAGCGAUCAGAACCGUUGUGCAAGCAAACUGUUUUCUGCUUAUGAGGAAGGUGAUGCCGAAGAAAUCAAACGUGUUGCUAAGUCGAGCACAAUUUCAAAUCUUGAUCAUGUGAUUAUCAGGCUUGCCAGGAAAUUGCCAACAGGUGAUUUGAAGGAGCUGAAGAGAGAAGAGGCCAAGGAAGAGGAACCUUUAGAUGAGAAUGACCUCACUUGACUGAUCUUAUUUGAGUAGUACAACUCAAAACUCAAUCCUUUAGUGCAAAAAGUGUUUCGAGGACUUCUGGUUCACGUUUCAGCUGGUGAUACACAAAAGCAUUUGCUACCAAUCAAACCACCUGUCAUGUGUAGAACUUCUUAAGCGUACUAUUGGAAAUUGCUAUUGUAAUUUUUAAAUAAAUAGCAUCUGCGUUUGUACAUGGGAUUUCAAGUGGUUGUCUCCCCUUGAUAUCUUUGCUAGGUGUUCCUAGUG